AUGAAUAUCCAUGAAAAACCUUGCCGAACUUGUGUGGAUUUUAAAUCUUGGGCUAAAAUUCAAAAAAAGACGUAUGACUCGGAGCAGGAAAAAAAAUCUGCUAAAAAUGAAGAGUAUAAAGAAGCUCUUGUCUUAGCAGAAAGAAAAAUGAAAAAUUGUCCCCUUGACAAAGAUGAAUUGGGCUCGGCGACUUGGUCAUUUUUACAUACUAUGGCAGCUUACUAUCCAGAAAAACCAACAACUCAGGAAAUCAAUGAUAUGAAGACGUUUUUCAAUGUAUUUUCAAAAUUUUAUCCCUGUGCUCCGUGUCGGGAAGACUUACAAGAACAGCUAAAGAAAAGACCACCUGAAGUAGCGUCGCAGGAACAGCUGAACCAGUGGUUGUGCGACACCCAUAAUGAGGUGAAUAAAAAAUUAGGCAAACCAAUCUUCGACUGCAGUCUUAUUAAUCAGAGAUGGAGAGACGGCUGGCUCGACGGUUCCUGUGAUUAA